CGCGCCCCUCUCAAACUAAAAAAGAAAUCCCUUGCCGUUAACAAAGCUCAAAACUUUACAUAGCGAUUCGACGUCGUUUCGAACCUGCCACCGCAUUUUGAAAGUUAAAACCCCACCAACCACCGACCACCGCCUUCAGAUACGACGGUGAAUCUCUCUCUCUCUCUCUCUCUCUCUCUCUCUCUCUCUCCCCUCCCUCUCUCUCUCUCUCUCUCUCCCUGUCUCUCUUUAUGUUCACAACACUUGUGUCAUAUUGGCAAAUCCGUUCUCAAAAUUCCUGCAUUUGCGACGCCAUGUUCCCUCUGAAUCGCAGAGACCCACCCGCCAAACCUAACUCCAAAAAAACCUAAUUUUUGCAAUCAUUAUAGCUGCCCAAUUGUUUUUUGCAAUCUGUGUCGAACCCGUUUCGAUUUUCUUGACUUGGAUCUUAUGGUGGAGAAGCAUGGAAGAAAUUGAAGGGGUGGAUUGUUGCAGUAAAAGUGAAAGCAGGAGCUCUAGUGGGACUCGACCUCCCAAUCCCAACCCACCUUCACAUCGCCAAUGCAAACUUGUUCGCCACGCUUCUCUCAUGAAAACAAAUUUGUCUGAUGUAUCUGAGCCAGGGGAUGUUACCGAAGAUUGCCAGUCUGAUUUCUUUCCAACGCUUCGUUCUGGAGCUUGCGCUGAUAUUGGAUUUCGGUCAAGUAUGGAAGAUGUAUAUGUUUGUGUUGACAAUUUUAUGCACGAUUAUGGACUCAAGAAUUGUAUAGAUGGACCCAGUGCUUUCUAUGGGGUGUUUGAUGGACAUGGAGGAAAGCAUGCCGCUGACUUUGCUUGCCAGCAUCUGCCGAAGUUUAUUCUCGAUGACGAAGAUUUCCCCGGAGACAUUGAAAGGAUAGUUGCUUCGGCAUUUCUGCAAACAGACAAUGCCUUUGCAGAAGCUUGCUCGCUGGAUGGUGCACUUGCAUCAGGCACCACUGCAUUAGCUACUCUUGUUAUAGGAAGGUUGUUGGUGGUGGCAAAUGCUGGAGAUUGUCGAGCUGUGCUGUGCCGUCGUGGGAAAGCAGUUGAAAUGUCAAGAGAUCAUAAACCGAGUUGCAACAAAGAAAGGAAGCGAAUAGAGGCUUCUGGGGGGUAUGUGUACGAUGGAUAUCUUAACGGGCAACUGAAUGUUGCUCGAGCACUUGGUGACUGGCACAUGGAAGGAAUGAAGAGCAAAGAUGGUGGACCACUGACUUCAGAACCCGAACUUAUGAGUACAAAACUGACGAGCGAGGACGAAUUUCUGAUCAUAGGAUGUGAUGGGAUUUGGGAUGUAUUCAGGAGCCAAAAUGCAGUGGAUUUCGCCAGGCGCAGGCUCCAGGAGCAUAAUGACCCAACCUUGUGCAGUAAGGAUCUGGUUGAUGAGGCUUUAAAGAGAAAGAGUGGAGACAAUUUGUCUGCAGUUGUGAUUUGCUUCCAGCAGCAACCUCCUCCAAACUUGGUGGCCCCUCGCUCUAGAGUGCACCGGAGCUUCUCUGCUGAAGGUUUGAAGGAGUUGCAGAGUUUCCUGGAUAGCUUGGGUAAUUGAUUUCCUUCAAUUUUCUUCUUUUUGAGGAUUAAGAUUCAUUUGUAAUUGUAGGUGUAGUAGGCCUGAGAGAAUACUUUGACUGUAACAUAUGCGGCAUCUAGUCGACAUUUAAUUUAGUCCUUUGGAUCUUUAGAAUCACUUCCACUGUCUCUGCCUCAUUCUUGUUACAUUUCUGCAUAAUCAAUACACAAUCUACUUCUUUUCAA